AGGUCUCUAAACUGCUAGGAGAAAUGUCCGCUUGACGCGCUGUCGCGUUCUUUGCGUCCCAGACUGGGAGAAUAAUUUGGAAUAAGGGAUUGUCACUGGGGCGUAUGGGAAGUACAAGAACCUUGUUUCUGAUAUUUGUGUAAUGGACUUUACUGUGCAAUUCGAAUAACAUGAUGUAAUUGUUGAGUUCAUGUGAAGAAGAUAGGACGCCAUAGAAGAAUAACUUACUGGGUUUGUGCGUGUGUUUUAGAAGAACCUUUCUGGAUUUAGUUCUGUGGUCUGUUAUCCAGUUUAUAUUGAUCAGCUUCUUUCCUUUGGGUAUUUUCAUAGCAGCAUUUUCUGCUUGGAUAUACAGAUGCUGUCACCACAGUGAUGGCAUUUAAUAUGCAAGAAUACAUGUUCUGGCACUAUACCAGUGCUUGAUGAAGUGUGAUGCAUGAAAACCUCAUUGCUAACAACAAUGACCACCUCCCUUAUGAAUGGUCAUGUGACCGAGGACUCUGAUAGUGAGGUGAAAAAUAAUGAUCUAGCUUCCCAAGAAGAAUCUCAGAAACACAGAGAGAUGGCAGUAGAUUGCCCAGGUGACCUUGGUUCAAGGCUGCAACCAGUCCGGCGCAGUACUCAGCUGGAGCGGAUUCGUCAGCAACAGGAAGACCUUCGGCGCAGGAGGGAGGAAGAUGGCAAGAAACAAGAACUUGACCUUAAUUCAUCAGUAAGGCUUAAAAAGCUUGCUCAAAUCCAACCUAAAACUGGAAUAGACAAUCCCACAUUUGACACAGAAGAGGGAAUAAUUUUGGAGUCACCUAACAAAGCUGUGAAAGUCUUGGAAAUAGAAGACUUGUUAUCUUCACUUAAACACAUUCAGCACAUGUUUGUGGAUAGUCAGAGCCAAGAGGACGUGUCACUUAUUCUGCAACUAAUUCAGAAUAAAGAUGUUCAAAAUGCCUGGAAGAUGCACAAUGCUGUGGCAAUACACAUGAACAAAACCAGUCCGCCAUACCCUCUUACUUCUUAUGCCCAGCAGCUUUCCCAGGAGGUCCAGUUAUCUUUGAAAACCUGUCAUCAGAAAGAAGGCCAAGAGCUUUAUAGCUUGCUGAAUUCUGUUUAUUUUCAGGCAUUUCUAAAUGCUCAUGAUCGAGUAGCAGAACAAGAAAUGCAGUUGGAACCAGUAAUUGCGGAAGAUCACGUUUACGAGAGAGUAGCCCAGUAUGGAGGGGAAACGGUUAAAAUUGUUCGAAUUGAAAAGGCCAGGGACGUGCCUCUUGGUGCCACUGUUCGCAAUGAGUUGGAGUCUGUGAUCAUCAGCAGAAUAGUAAAAGGAGGAGCAGCAGAAAAGAGUGGCUUACUGCAUGAAGGAGAUGAAAUUCUGGAAAUAAAUGACACCGAGAUUCGUGGAAAGGAUGUGAAUGAAGUUUUUGAAUUGCUGGCAGAUAUGCAUGGCACCCUGACAUUUGUGUUGAUUCCCAGCCAGCAGGGCAAACCUCCUCCUGUGAAGGAGACAGUGGUACAUGUGAAAGCACAUUUUGAUUAUGAUCCUUCUGAUGACCCUUAUGUUCCCUGUCGAGAGUUGGGCCUGUCCUUCCAGAAAGGGGACAUACUUCAUGUAAUCAGUCAGGUGGAUCCUAACUGGUGGCAGGCAUACAGGGAUGGUGAUGAAGACAAUCAGCCAUUGGCAGGUCUUAUCCCAGGAAAAAGUUUUCAGCAACAAAGAGAAGCCAUGAAACAAACAAUUGAAGAAGACAAAGAACCAGAAAAAUCAGGUAAACUCUGGUGUGCAAAAAAGAACAAAAAGAAGCGGAAGAAGGUGCUAUACAAUGCAAAUAAAAAUGAUGAUUACCCUAAUGUAAUGACUUAUCAACCUAUGAACCUGUAUCAUCAACCUCUAGAAAGAGGAAAGCCUUUAUUAAUAGUAGGGCCAUGGAGUGAAUUGGAAAAUGAUCUACGGCAGCGCCAAUUACUAAACCGACCAGACACUUUUCCCUCCGAGCUUCCUCAUACAACUCGGAGCAGACGGGACAAUGAAGUAGCUGGUCGAGAUUAUCAUUUUGUGUCACGACAGGUCUUUGAGACUGAUAUUGCAGCUGGAAAGUUUAUUGAAUCUGGUGAAUUUGAGAAAAAUCUGUAUGGAACUAGUACUGAUUCAGUGCGGCAGGUGAUCAACUCUGGAAAGAUCUGUCUGUUAAACCUUCAUCAUACACAGUCUCUCAGAGUUCUUAGGAGUUCAGACCUGAAACCAUACAUUAUCUUCAUUGCACCACCUUCCCAAGAGAGACUACGUGCUCUAUUGGCUAAACAGGGUAAAAACCCAAAGCCAGAAGAACUAAGAGAUAUUAUUGAGAAAGCCCGAGAAAUGGAACAGAAUUAUGGUCAUUAUUUUGAUGCAGCAAUUGUUAAUAGUGACCUGGACAAAGCAUAUCAAGAACUCCUCCGUCUGGUCAACAAACUAGAUACAGAACCCCAGUGGGUGCCAUCUACAUGGCUGCGAUGAAAAUAAAAUGGAGCCAAAAGUGCACACAGACUUGCCUAAUCACAGCAGAACUUUGCUACAAGAGUGGUGAAUGAAGUAUUAAAAUGAAUGUGCCCAUCCAAGCUGCCAGUGGUUUUACCAAAUCAUGUUUAUAACUUGUACAAUAGUUCAGAACCUGCAAGAGCAGUGAACCAGUGGCAUUUCAUCAUUUGCCAAGUAUGGCAGUGAGCAUCUUCUGAAGUUGUGUUAUUGAUAACAUCUGCUGUGUCCUGGUUUGGGAGAGCCUGUCAAAGAUGCAUUUUUUUGUAGUAAUGGUUUUCUUGCUGCAUUGGUGUAUUCUGCUCUGCAGGCAUUUUUCAUUUUUUCAAGAUCAGUUUUUAAUAACACAUAUCCAGGAUAGUAAAAUGAAUGUAUUUUUGACACAUGUAUGGAACUUUUCGUGUAUACUGCUAGCCAGUUGAUAAUGCUGCUAGUGGUAGUUUAUGUAGUUCCACACUGUGUGUAAAUGAUUACAAGACUACUGCUUUUUGCACCAAUGUAUAUUCUGUGAUAGUAUACUUGCUGCAAAAGCUUUUUCAGCUAGAGCCUUAAAUCAAAGAAAAAAAAUCAAACUAAAUGCAUGGUGGUUAGUUUGUUUCUCCAUGCUUCUGGUCAGUGUGAGGUGGUUGGCUGAUGUUGACUUUCAUAAUCAGAAUAUGACGGCUUCUAAGCAGAUCUCCUCCCAUGUUAAGUGGCAUUAAAUAAAGCACCAUUUUUUUGUUUUAAUUUAGAGCUGUCCCUACUGAGGCAGUGUUUGAGUCUUAAAGCAACAUUCCAGUAUCAGCCAGCACUUGAGUUAGGAGUAGCUCUGUUAUGAAGUCCUUUAAAAAAAAAAUAUUUAUAAUGUAAAUAUAUAAGAUAAAAGGUUUGACGUUUUUCUUGUGUGAUAAAUUGUAUGGACUACACACUGUACAACCAGCAGUAAGGAGAGGGUUACUAGCCCACAUGGAAUAUAUAUUUGCUGAGAUUUUUAAACUGUGAUAUUUAUACUGAGUUGUGUUAUUACUAAACACUAGUCACACUAAUAGGUAAAAGAACUGAUUUCACAUUUUUGUAGUUCUAAUUAAGCAUUUAGAGAAUAGAGACUUAUAUUUUUAUGAAAAUAAGCAUUUUUGUCAAAUUCACUGUUUAUUUUAUGGAAGUUUAUCCUGUUUACUAAAAAUGUGUAAGAGUAAUUGGUGAUGAAAUGUGUUAGUUUGUGAGAAACACUGUUGGUUCUCUGACUGUAGAAUGUUUUCCAGGUGUUUUGUCUGUCUAGCAACAACAAUUAACUGGAAAUACAGUUAUUGAAUGUAGCUGCUAUAUAAGGAAGUAUUUACUUAAAUUACCUUCAAACGUUCUUCCUAUCAGGUUACAAACUAGGUCUGAUUAUUUUGGUAUAACCACCAAGCUGUACCCUCUUUUGAGGCAUGUGCAAGGAGGAGGAUUUGAGUUUCUUCUCUUCAGUAGCUCAGAUUCUUGCUGUGCACUAAAAAUAAGAGAUUCCAGCCCCAGUUGUGUGGAAUAGAGGAAUGAAUCUCUGACCAAGACCCAGUUUCGACUAGUGCUCUAGCUUAAGAGGAGCCAUGCAGAAGAGGUUAGAGUGAAUGGCACAUCCUGGGGGGAGGGAAAUGGUAGUAGUAAUUGCCCAUAUUGCUCCCCUAUAAGUGGAGGUUUACAUAACAGCACUGGCUGUAAAACCAUAUAAUGUUGACGUAGCAGUACAAGUCAUUGAUGAGAGCCCUCAUAGAUGUGUGUGGGGAAAUAUGCACAUGCCAGUGAAGGACAAGAAAACCUGGAUGGUUACAUCAGCUGUCAGGGAGUGCGGCUAAGGAUUUACACGCAAAGGCCCGAUGGCUGCCUGUUUGACUGCUGCAGUUGGGGAGAAAUAGCAUAGAUUUUGUACUUGUAGCUUAGAACUCAGGUAGGCAACCCUCAGCAUCAGUGUUAGAGAGCUACUUCAGUUCAUUUUGCCUGGCCUUCCAGUCCAGAUAAGCAUAAGGGAGCAUUUUGAUCAAUGACAUCAUAACCUUUUAAUUUUUUUUGUAAAGUUUCUUGCAAAUAUGAGCAGAUAUGUUGACUGUAAUUAAUGACAGAUGGUCAGUGUAAAAUGCAUAUGCAUGCAUAUCCAAGUGUCACAGGUAUCAACCCCACCCCCUUAAACAAGCAUACACCCACCCAGUCUACCAGGAAGUUGAACAUCUUUGCAAGAGCAGACUUAAUUAUUUUUGGUGCCAAGCUCAAAAAAGGUUACUUUCCCUUGUGGGAGCAUUUCUGUUGUUACUUUGUAGCAUAUGUCAACUAUUCUAUACUUUACUGUUGCAGUGUCAAAUUUAUACCACUUUCUCAGUUGUUUGUAUAUUUUUAUUUGUCCUGUCAGAGCUCAGGCUUAGCUGAAAAAGGGUUAGUUGACCUACCCGGUUAUCAACUUGAUGACAAUAAAAAUAACUUCAUACCAAGCCAGGGAAACAUUUACAAUACUGUGAUCACACAGCUGUAGGGACAACAUUUUUUACAGCAGCCUCUUAAGUUUAGAUGAAACUCUAGCUGUCCAGAACAACUUAAAAGCUACAUGAUGUAUUACUGCUUUGAUGUGACACUUUUGUAUUUGCCUAUAAUCUCAAGACAUUGUUAAUCAUGUCCCUUUAACAUUUUAAAACACUGGGAUAGCAUUGGUAAUAGUUUUGAUGUAUGUAGCUUGACAUAAUAUUUGUUUAUAGAGAUCUUUUUCUGUAUUUUGUUUGCUUACAAAUAUGUUUGCAUAUUUUUUCAGUAUUUCUUCAAGUCUAACUGGACAUAGUUGCAGCCCAAGUGUAAAAGGUAGUAAAAGUACAACUGCUUUUCUGUCCUCUGAGAAGAACAUUGGAGUAAUGAAGGAUUGCAUAAAAAUGUGUUUAUGGGGGUGGUACAGCUGGUACUCCAGUCCCUUUCCCCUUGUAUUCUGUAGACUUGUUAGAUGAAAAAAGAGCCUAUUUGACAGCUGUGUCACCCAGUGCAGUCACUCUGAUGCCAAAUACUUGUGUGUUUGGAAGUAGAUUUAAUCACACAUGCCUUUGGGUGUGUUUUAAAUUGAUGUGAAAUAUACAUGAGACUAACCAGUUCGCCUCUAGCACCAUUUAGACCUUACUCUGAAGAGCACUGCCAUUAGGGAAUAUACAUUUGUCAGUGUGAUUAACAUUCCUUUGUUCUCACUUUCAAUGUUCAUUGUUCUUCAUUUCCUGAAAAAAAAGGUAAUUUGGAUGUAAACUUUAAACUGUAUGCACUCUUGCAAUUUUAUUUGAAAUUUUGCAGGUAUCAUUUGCACAAGUUUGAAAUAAAAUACUCUCCUUGGAGUGGGAGUUUUAGAAUUAUA